GUGUCACUCAUGUUCUCCAUACCCAAGGAAGAUACACUGUUGAUCUUUCUACUAGCACUAGUGACUGCUCCACCCCCUUUCCUAGCACAUAAAUCCUGCAGAUUGUCUUCACGGAUUCACACCUGAACUCAGAAAGACACCGCAUAUCCUAACCUACUAGGAAAAGAGAGAUUUCUUGAGGGAAAAGAACAAUGGACCUGAUUCCAAACUUUUCCACAGAGACGUGGGCACUUCUGGCUACCAUCCUGGUGCUCCUCUACCUGUACGGGACCUCUUCUCAUGGACUUUUUAAGAAGCUGGGGAUUCCUGGCCCCAAACCUCUGCCUUUUUUUGGUACGAUGCUUAACUAUAGGAGGGGCAUAUCAAAAUACGAUAUAGAAUGCCAUAAAAAGUAUGGAGAUAUGUGGGGGAUAUAUAAUGGGCUGGUCCCUGUGCUGGUUAUCACAGAACCGGAUAUGAUCAAGAAUGUACUAGUGAAAGAAUUUUAUUCUAACUUCACAAAUCGACAAAUUCUUGGUCCAGCUGGAUUUAUGAAAAAGGGUUUAUUUAGAUCUAAGAAUGAAGAAUGGAAAAGAAUUCGAUCAUUGCUGACACCAACGUUCAGCAGUGGAAAACUGAAGGAUAUGUUCCCCAUUAUCCAAGAAUAUGGAGACGCACUGGUGAAAAACAUGAGUCAGGAAGCAGCGAAGGGCAAGAAUGUCACCAUGAAAGACAUCUUUGGGGCCUACAGCAUGGAUGUGAUCACUGGUACCUUAUUUGGAGUGAAGGUGGAUUCCCUCAACAACCCCCAGGAUCCCUUUGUGAAAAACACCAGAAAGCUUUUUAUAUUUGACUUUUUCAAUCCAUUGGCUUUCUCUGAAGCACUCUUUCCAUUCCUUCCCAGAAUAUAUAACAAAUUAAACAUCAGUAUGUUUUCAAAUGAUGCUACAUCAUUUUUUAAGAAAUUUAUAGAAAAGACCAAAAAAGAGAGACUUGAAAAUACCAAAGAGCACCGAGUGGAUUUUCUUCAGCUGAUGAUGGACGCCCAGAAUUCCAAGGACAUGGAGUCCCAUAAACCUCUUUCUGAUCUGGAGAUCCUGGCCCAAUCAAUCACAUUUUUUUUGGCUGGCUAUGAGACAACAAGCACUGCUCUUUCCUUUACUACAUAUUUACUGGCGAUUCACCCCAAUGUUCAGAAGAAACUUCAGAAUGAGAUUGAUGCAGUCCUGCCCAAUAAGGCACCUGCUACUUAUGAAGCCCUGGUAGAGAUGGAAUAUCUGGACAUGGUGUUGAAUGAAAGUAUGAGAAUAUAUCCAGUUGCUAUCAGGGUUAACAGGCUCAGUGAGAAAGAUGCUGAAAUCAAUGGUGUGUUCAUUCCCAAAGGGACAGAGGUGGUCAUACCUGUCUUUGUUCUUCACCGAAAUCCAAAAUACUGGCCAGAGCCUGAGGAAUUCCGUCCUGAAAGGUUCAGCAAGGAGAAUAAAGAUAGAAUCAAUCCUUAUACAUACCUGCCUUUUGGACAUGGUCCUAGAAACUGCAUUGGCAUGAGGUUUGCUCUCAUUAACAUGAAGCUUGCAAUUGUCAAAAUCCUACAGAACUUUUCCCUGAGUCCUUGUGAAGAAACAGAGGUUCCCUUGAAAUUAGGUAAGAAAAUGGCUCAGGCUCCAGAAAAGCCUGUUGUCCUGAAGAUUAUAUCAAGAAAUGGGGCCAUAAAUGAAGGUUGAUUUUAUCUCAAGUUCUGGUAUGUUCUUCAAAGAGUUCAUUCUAAAUACCUGGAUUUUAAUUUAAUCUGGAAGAAAACCUACAUGAAUAUGACUUUAAUCUACCACACUUCAUGACACAAUCUUCAAUUAUUUUUUAUUGUCUUGAUUUUGUGUAUGGACAGAAAAUAAUUAUUUAGCAAUCUUUAUGUUCUCUCAUGUCAAAAUUUGCCCAUUUUCCCAAAGAUAGAACAAUAUGUUUCAUUUCAAUACUGAUAAAAGAUUUCUCCUUAAUUGUGUCAAUAAUGUUUCCAUUAUAGAAUCUUUAAUUUCCCAUUUAUGGGUGAGCAUUCCACUGACAAUUAUUCUUUGCACUUUGAUGGAUUGUCAGCUUUUUGUUAACCACUAUCCACUUCAAAAAGAAAUUACUUUGAUUAUAUCUGAGGGCUAUAUUAAAAUAUUGGUAAAACAUGCUAAUUUAGAAGGCAGUUGGAUAUUAAGACCAUUUAUCAGAGCAAUAGGUCCAUUCUUGUGUCUGUGAGCUCCUCAACCAUGGGUCCUUGGCUAGAGAAUAAACAUAUGUUUCCUUCUAUGGAAUGGAGUUAAAUCCAAAUAGAAAGUGGUUGACUACCCCCAUAAUAUUCAUGCCAUUAUCCUAUAUAUACAUGAGAUAAUCUUGCCAUGCUGGUUAUUAUGGGAGUUUAUGGGAUUCACUGCUGAGUAAGAAAGACUGUUGAUUUCUUUCCCCCUAAAGAAUCCUCCCAACUGCCUUCCAGUACUAUAAAAGAUUAUCAUCAAGGAGAAAGUUUCCUGUUCAGUACAAUGUUGACCCUGCCUAUAACCAAUGUGUUUACUGUCUUCUGCUCUAGGAUCUUACCCUCAUGUUCUGCUUAGGAACCUAGAGCAAUGGUAGACCCCUGUAGUUUUAGGUGUUGUUCAGGACAACUCUGGUGAACAAUCUGAGUGUAGAUAUCCUACAUCUGGUACAUGUAGAAAUAGAUGGGCUAUUUAUUAGACACCUUUGGCUUCUGAAAGGACCAUAAUCCUCAAUUUAUGGCAUGUUUUCAUAUGUACAUGUAAAGAUGAUGAAAAUGUAGCUUUCCAUCCUGGUUUGUUUCAAUUGCCCACAAACUGUAUCCAGUCCUCACAAAGGUACAAACUAAAAGUAAAACAAGAGAGGAAGAGAGAUGACUUAUCCUUGAACUAGAAUGGUCAGGCAAAAGACGUCACUACCUUCUGCCAGGGGUCAGGAGGGUGCUAACAAACUAUGCAUUCUAGAAGUUCCUGUUCAGUGGGUGCCAGCUAUAGGGUCUCCUUUUUUCUCAUAGCACAUUGGCCAACAGGCUACAGGGAGAAAUGGAGCAGAACCACUGAGUAGGGUUUGAAUGGCUAGAGUAUUAUGGAAAGAACCUCUGAGAGUCAGCUUAAUUUCAUUCCAGAGAGUGGGGGGGAAUAUAUAGGAUGGGGACACUAGCUUGGGCAUCACAUGCUCAUAGUAUUCUUUGUUUGUAUUAUACUGGGACAACACCCUGGCAAAGAAGAAAGAGGAGGAGGAGAAAGGAUGGGAAGAAGAAAGGAAAUCAGGAAGGAAGAAGGAAGGAAGAAGUAGAAAAAAAACAAAUAAUUUAGUUUUUAAGAGUGAUCCUAUCUCAGGUAUUCUAUAGCAACAUAAAACAAAAAAAACAAUAAUGACAUCUAAGUGGAAAAAUUUUCACAGCCAUGUAUUUCCAUUUACCUAUUUUUGUAGAAGUACUUUGUUUCCAUGGUAGUACAAGAAUGUUGCAACCAGCCCAUGUGUAUCAGUUACUUUCCUCCUGCUAUCACAGGACAUGAUGCUCAAGACAAUUUAUAAAAGAUGUGAUUAAUUGGAAUUAUGAUUUCAGAGAGCUGUUUUCAUAAUGGUAGAUCAUUAUCUAUGUUUGGGCCUCCAACCUACAUAUGGCUCUCUGCAAUGUCUUCCUAGCUGCUAUAAGGAUAGGCCAUUAAAUCCUAAUUAUAGCAUCCAUCCUAUCUUCUCAUUUAAAACUCCAAUGUCAUUCACAUUUCUCUAAAAACAACAUAGGCAAGCCUGUCACAGCAAUAGCCCACUCCUUGGUAGCACCUUCCUUCUUACUUUUUUUGCUGAGUUAAAACACCAUGACUAAGACAAUAUCUAAAAGAAAGCAUUUAACUGGGCUUAGAGUUACAGAGUAUUAAAGUUUGUAGUUGUGAAACAAAGGCAUGCAGACAGGACAUCUGCAAGCUCAUAUCUGGAUCCAGAAGCAGGAGACUGAGAGGACACUGAAAAAGACUAAACCUUUUGAAACCUCAAAGCCUACUCCCAGUGACACAACUCCUUCAAUAGGCCUGCACCUCAUAAUCCUUAAAGAGUUCAAUUGGAGAACAAAUAUUCAAACAUUUGAGCCUAUGGGAACCAUUUUUAUUCAAAUCAUUAAUCCAUUGAAUGCUAGCUCUCCAUAGCUCCACCUUCACUGAGUUUGUGCUGCCUCUACAGACAUUUUGCAAUAAAAUACUUCUUGGAGUGCCUGGUCUGGUUUCCUUUAGAAUAGUCUUGUACACACCUGCCCUACUUUUCUGUUACCCUCAAUGCAUCCUAGCACAGUGAAAUACUAAUUCAGACAGGUGCACUAGGUCCUGCAGACCAGGAAUAUGCCUUGUGAUUGAUCAAAAUAGAGUGUUGUGUUCUUGAAAUAAGAAAUUGUGUAUAUUGAGUUGGUAAGAACUCAAGGAAAAUCCUUGGGGUUUGUGUUACCACAAUGAAAUGUCUCCACAGAAAGCCCUUACUAAUGCCUGAAUAAUUAUGCAUAUUCUUUUAUUGUAUGGGUAGUGAAUUCAUUAUUUCCAUGCACUCAUCAAAGAAUUUUUUAAUUUAGGUGAUAGUUAGAGAUAACAUCUUGGGAACUGAGGAGAUUUAUGAGACUGAAACUAGUGGUCCUUUUUUUUCUCUGCUCCAUGAGGUUCAUGGAGUUCAUAAAUCUGCAUGAACUUAAAAAAAUACUUUAUUAUUUCUAGUGAUUCUUAAGUUGUUUUCUUGUUUGUUAUGGUAUAUACAUCUCUUUCUUUUUAACAUUUUAUUAUAUUUGAAAAUUUUAUCUGUGUGCCUAUGUGGUCUCCAUCUCAUGUCACUGCAUUGAGCUGGUGGGCAUGCUUCUCUGGGAUUGCUCUCUGUGUCCAUGGGCAGUUAUUGAGUCAGACCAAAGACUUUGCAUAUUGGUAUGUUUGGUUCCAAAACAAUCUUUCAUCAAGAAAGACAUAUACCAAAGGCUAGAGGGGAACCUGACUUGACUAAAAAGACAGUCUACAACAGCCUUCAUGUUAGGUGACCUCCUAAGCUUUGGACUGGCAGCUGCAGGGUCUGGGAUAUCAUCUUUAAUGGUACAAGACAAAUAUUACAAUGACCUACAAGCUAUACAGACAUAGAAAUGCCUGAAAACUUUAUUGCCCACCUACAAGCCUUGCUGUCUUCUGUUGCUGAAGUGGGUUACAAAACAAAUGUGAUUUAGACCUCAUAUUCUUACAGCAAGGUGGGCUAUGUGAAGCUCUUGGAGGAGAAUUUGUUUCUAUGUUGACUAUUCAGGGAUGAUAAAAGAAUCACUGGCAAAGGUCAGAGAGGGGAUGGCAAAAUGCAAAAUGAACAAGAGCAAACACAGAGCUGGUUUCAGACACUGUUCAACUCAUCCCCACGUUUGACUACUCUGAUUUCCACUUUGCUGGUUCCCAUACUGAUUUAGUUACUCUUACUCACCUUUGGUCCCUCUGUUCUGAACAAAUUAGUUUCCUUUAUUAAGGAACAGAUAAAUACAGUACAGGUGAUGGUGCUGGGGUCUCAGUACCUAUCCUUAGGGACCCUCAGAGAGAACCCGUGAUUAGGUCCUGUUAAGUAACAUCUAGUGAGAGAAAUGAAGAACCCAGUCCUUUGCCCAGACCCUGCUUUGGCCCUUCUGCAGCCAUGACAGAUUGUGGAAAAGACCCAGCAUUAUGGAGGCACCUGGCUCAGCAAGAUGUGCCCUUGAGCCACUGACAUUGAUCCUAGCUCUAGUUAUUAAGAAAACCACACCAGAAAUGCCCACAUGGUAAAAGAAACCAGUUGAAAGUUACAACUAGCAGGCUCAUGAUAAAGAUAAAACGUAGUAACCACAGCAACCACUGUAAGAGAUAAAAUCUUUGCUGUGGCUGCAACUGACCAAUUAAGCCAAGGUCAGCACCUCUGGAUGGGAGGUACACCAAUCCUGAGUUUGUUCCUUUGCAGCCCAUAAAGCUCCAAAUCCCCCUUGCUUUAUACUCUAUAAAUACAAUGCUCUACUGCUAUGAAAUAUGGAAGAAGAGGACCAAAUUAACUUGCAAUAAAAGACUGUUUGCUUUUGUAUUAGAUCUGUUCUCUUGGUGGUCUUUAGGGGGUCCAGAUUCUGGAAAUACCACCACCAUGUGAAUCCCAGGAUCAAACUCAGUUUGUUAAGCUUGGCAGCAAGUGCCUUCAUCUGCUGAGCCAUCCCAUCAACCUCCUUCCUGUUUGUUUGUUUGUUUGGAGGGUGGGGGAUGUGGGUGUAGGUACAUAUAUUGGUAUAUCUACUUCUGCAUGCAUUCGUAGAAGACAGACUGUUAGUGUCCAGUAUCUCCCACUUUUUCUCUUAUUUUUUUUAAGACAGGAUCUCUUAGUGAACCUGGAGUUCAUCAUUUCAGCAGGAAUAGAUGACAACAAGCCCCCAGGUUUUGUGUCUAUCUCCACCUUCACUCUUAAGCAUUCAAGUGCCUUACCCACUAAGCAAUCUCCCCAGCCUUCUUUCUCUCACCUGUAAGUUUGACUGUAGUGUGUCUGUGGAAGUGCCUUGGAUGAGAUUAUAAGGAUGGAUUGAUAAAGUAGAAGGAUGAGCAAAAAGGCACUUAAAACAUGUCUUUUAUUGUAAGUGUGGUUUCUAGUGAUAUUCUUAGAAAACUGUAAUUUAUAACUGGGAAAGGAGAACGGCCUUAAGCAAAUGUAAAUUAUACUGAAAUUAUUGAGUCUCAAAUAGAGAGAGGACUCUAGCAGACUCCUGGAUGAGGGGCUCCUGUCUCUUCCCAUGUCCCAUAUUUUCCCUGAUUCUGUAUCCUACCUCAUAAGCAGCUGUCACUAACAAAGGAAGAAAAGGGACCACAGAAUGUCCAUUACUUGGAGAACAACCAGAUCUAGUAUGUCCAUAUCUUGUGCAAGAUCAAGGUUAUGACAUUUGGAGAAAUCUAGUUUCAUCUUCUGCUUUGAACCAUGCUCUCUUGCAGUGUAUAUACAGAGUCUCCCCAGUGUGCUAGCAUUUCAGUGAUUGUAAGAACAUGUUUUUGGUCUCAAUUCUCAAAAACUUCCAUGAUUUGCCAUUCAUUCAAUUUCUGCUUCAUCAUAAAUGCACUGCCUGGAUCCUCUUUUUUUGGCAGCAGACGCUGAACAGGCUUUGUGCAUAGCCUGUUUGCUUGCCCUAAGUUGCCCUUUUGUUCUUCCUCUUUUCCUGUGGUCAGUAAGUCACAGGAUGUUUAUGAUACAGCUAUUGCUGGGACAUUGUUUCAAGAAUCAGCUCUCUGCUUGGGGUCUUGCUGUUUGGCUGAACUGCUGGGACCUGGAUGGGAACCUGAGGACCGUACCCUGACCCCAUGGAGAGUAGGAAGUAGCAGGGUAUAUAAGGCUGAUGGAUAGUCAAUGAAAGUGCUCUCUUUGAAUGACGAAUCACGGUGUGUCCUGAGUGCUGCUUAACCUCGACGUCCCUCGCCAGUUCUCGGUCCCAGGCUGUGAGGGUUGCAGCAAGUGGAGGUUCCAUCGAGACUUUGAAAGAAGGGACACAGAAAUCUCAACAUGAACAACCUCAUGAUUCUGAUGGUGCUGAUGGUCCUUAGCCCUUGGGUCUACACAGAGCCUUCAUGGAGCCUGGUUAAGAAUCCUCCAGUUUUGUUGCCACACAUAAAUACUGCAGAUUGUCUUCAUGGAUUCACACCUGAACUCAGAAAGACACCGCAUAUCCUAACCUACUAGGAAAAGAGGGAUUUCUGGAGGGAAAGAACAAUGGACCUGAUUCCAAAAUUUUCCACGAAAACAUGAGCACUGCUGGCUACCAUUCUGGUGCUCCUCUACCUGAACGAAACCUGGGUGUUUGCAAGAACAGAAAUUGCUCUUACCUGCUGAGCCAUCUCCCCAGCCAAAAACUGCACCUGGAAAACUCUGCACAGUUUUCAGUCUGAGGGACAGGAAAGGUAUGGAACCUCUUCUCAUGGACUUUUUAAGAAGCUGGGAAUUCCUGGCCCCAAACCUCUGCCUUUUGUUGGGACAAUGCUUAACUAUAGGAGGGAAUAUCAAAAUAUGAUAUAGAAUGCCAUAAAAUGUAUGGAGAUAUGUGGGGGGUAUAUGAUGGACACCUCCCUGUGCUAGUCAUCACAGAACCAGACAUGAUCAAGAAAGUGCUAGUGAAAGAAUUUUAUUAUAGCUUCACAAAUCGACAUAUAGGUAUUCUUUUUAAAUGUGUGAGGAUUAUACACACCAACAUGUUAUAUAUAGGAAUAUAUAUGUAUAUAAAUAUGCAUACAUGUAAUCGAUAACACUGAUAUUAACAACUAGGCAUGAAUAUGAAAAAAGAAGGAAGGUUUAUAUGGAAGUGUUUGAAAGGGAGAAAUGUGCAAUUACAUUAUUAUCUCAAAAAUAAAAUGUGAGUAUUCAUUUAAAAUAUCUUUGUUUCUCUAUAGCUUUAUUUCUGAGUAAAAUAAUUAAGAAAAGUCUCAUUUAUAAUUGUUAAACUAAGAGGUCAGAUGGAAUUUUCCUUAUUAAAAUGAAUUACUUCUAGAAAGAUGAAGUGCACAGAUAUUAAAACACUAAAAUGAUGCAAUAAGACAAGGCUUUGGGUUUACCAAAAAUUGUUUCAUAUUUUCAAAGUCUUGACUGAUACAAAAAAAUGUCCUUCUUAAUGCUUUCAUAUUCCUUUGCAUUGUAAACUGGAUUUGAAUACCUUUUUCUAAGUGCUCCUUAUGAAAUGACUGCUAGAUAAUGACUGCAAAAAUAAAUUUUUCUGCUUUAAACUUGUGAUAAUUCUAACCAGACAAGUGAAUAAUUUGUAUUUUGAAAACUAAAAUAACUUUAUGAAAUUGAAGAAAGGCAUUGACAAUUAUACCAGAAGAUGGAAUGCUCUCUGAUGAGAAGGAUUAUUAUUUUGAAAACGUCCCUACCACUAAAGCUACAGAUUCAGGGCAAUACCCAUUGAAAAAUGUCCAACACAUGUCUUCACAAAAAUUAAAAAAAACAAUAAAACAAUGUUCAACAUCUUA